AUGAAUAGUAGUGAAUACCUAAAAUCUUAUGGAUGGCAAGAAGGGGAGGCCCUAAAGAAAGGUGGUCUAAAGAAGCCAAUUCUGGUAAAGCAUAAAAGAGAUAAAAAAGGUUUAGGAUCAGCACCUGGGGGGGAUGAUAGUGAAGCCUGGUGGGAGAGAUUAUUUGAUGGACAUCUUAAAAAUCUGGAGGUGACGUCAGGAUCAAAAAAAGGUGGCAUUGUCUUUAAACAAAAUGAAGUAGUAGCGACAGCUGUAUCGAAGCAAAGUUCGCCUUUAUAUCAAUGGUUUGUUAAAGGUGAGGGUUUGAAAGGGACGAUAAAAGAAAAAGAAACAACUAUAAGUACUAAACAGAUUGUUGUGUCAAGUAUAUCUAAAUCAAAGAAGAGAUCUAGAUCAGAUGAUGAUAACAAGGAAAAGCAUAAACAUAAGAAACUAAAAAUUAACAAAAAAUCUAAAGAUAAGAAGUCAAAGGAUAAGAAAACCAAAGAUAAGAAGUCAAAGGAUAAGAAAACCAAAGAUAAAAAGUCUAAGGAUAAAAAGUCUAAGGAUAAAAAACAUAAACAUAGGAAGUCUAAGGAUAAGGAGACCAAGGGCAAAAAAGAGUAG